AGUGGGUGAAGCACCUGAUUGCCUAAACCAGUCGUUUCCUUCCUCCAGUAUCCAAAGAUCGACCUUAGCUCCUUCCAAGGAUUCGUGGGGAAAAUUCGCCCCGAGGGACCGGGGACACGCAUAUUUUAAAAACGUCUCCCAAUGUGAUUCCACGGGCUCACAGGGAAAAGAACACCUGAAGUGACGGCACUGGCCGCUACCCUCUGCGAGGUCCCUUUAAGAACCUCGCUCUGUUGCCUUUCUCCCGCCCGCUCCUGGGCGGAGGCGGAAGCGGAAGUGGCGAAGGAAGUGUCUGUCUCCAAGAUGGCAGCCGCCUGGCCCUGUGGUCCGUGUGCUCCGGAGGCCGUGACUGUCAGGCUCUUCGGUGUCCUGUGGUUCAUCUCAGUUACCACAGGACCCUGGGGGGCUGUCGCCACCUCUGCCGGGGGUGAGGAGUCGCUUAAGUGCGAGGACCUCAAAGUGGGACAAUAUAUUUGUAAAGAUCCAAAAAUAAAUGAAGCUACGCAAGAACCAGUUAACUGUACAAACUACACAGCUCAUGUUUCAUGUUUUCCAGCACCCAACAUAACUUGUAAGGAUUCUAGUGGCAAUGAAACACAUUUUACUGGGAAUGAAGUUGGUUUUUUCAAGCCCAUAUCUUGCCGAAAUGUAAAUGGCUAUUCAUACAAAGUGGCAGUUGCGUUGUCUCUUUUUCUUGGAUGGUUGGGAGCAGAUCGAUUUUACCUUGGAUACCCUGCCUUGGGUUUGUUAAAGUUUUGCACUGUUGGAUUUUGUGGAAUUGGGAGCCUGAUUGAUUUUAUUCUUAUUUCAAUGCAGAUUGUUGGACCUUCAGAUGGAAGUAGUUACAUUAUAGAUUAUUAUGGAACCAGACUUACAAGACUGAGUAUUACCAAUGAAACGUUUAGAAAAACACAAUUAUACCCAUAAAUAUUUUAAAAAAUAAACAGAUUUUGAGCCUCAUUGAUUUUAAUAGAGAACUUCAAAUAUGUGGAUUUAAAGAUUUCUCUUUUUCCUUCAUCUGCCAUUUUAUGAGUUCUGUAUGAUUUUUGUGGUUUUUGUUUUGUUGACUUAGUUAAAAGUAUAUUAUUCUGAGAUUUAUUUAAUAGGACUUUCUUUGAGAGCUGUGUCAUAGUGUUUCUUGGGCUUCUGUAUGAGAGAUAGCUUAUUACCCUGAUAUUCUUUAAUCUUUUACAAAGGCAAGUUGCCACUUGUCAUUUUUGUUUCUGAAAAAUAAAAGUAUAACUUAUUCACA